CGGAAGUUCACUUGUCAAUUUGAUCUGCCGGAUUUUACCGAACGUGUCCGUGAAGCCUUCACCAAGUUCGAUACGAUUCUUUAGAUACGAAUUAUUGACUUGUUCCUAAUAUUCAGCUCCGCUCAAUUAUUGAUUGGCGUUUGCGAAAGAGACCGUAAAGCAGAAUAAUCUGUUGCUCGUUUAAUCGAGAAUAUCUCUAGUUCCUAAAUGUUUAAUCGUGAUAGAGACCAUAGCAGAGGUCGUAGAGGUGGUGGUAGCAGAGGUAAUAAUAGAGGAAUUGGUGACAAUAUGCGUGGAAGUAGUAUUAGUCGAUUUGGCAUACGUGGCCGAGGUACUGCUAACAACGUUAGAGGCGUUAUAAAAAAUAAACAACCUGGUGGAGCCCUUAGAAAAAUCAAUUGGGACAUAAGAUCUUUAGAGCCUUUACGUAAAGAUUUCUAUAUUGAGCAUCCUACAGUUAGAAGCAGAUCAAAGGAAGAAGUAUGUCAGUUUCGGGAUAAUGCAGAAAUAACUAUAAAAGGUGAUAAUAUACCAAAUCCCAUACAAUACUUCGAGGAGGGAAACUUUCCACCCUAUGUAUUGGAUGAAAUAAGGAAGCAAGGCUACUCUCAACCUACAGCGAUUCAAGCACAAGGAUGGCCUAUCGCACUUAGCGGCAGAGAUUUAGUUGCUAUUGCCCAAACUGGCUCUGGAAAAACAUUAGGAUAUGUCUUGCCAGCAAUCGUACAUAUUAUGCACCAGCCUCGCCUUGGCAAUGGUGAUGGUCCGAUUGCUUUGAUCUUAGCUCCUACGAGAGAGCUAGCUCAACAAAUUCAGGAAGUAGCAAAUUGUUUCGGGGAGUCUGCAAGUGUAAGAAACACUUGUAUCUUUGGUGGUGCGCCUAAAGGACCGCAAGCACAUGACUUGGAACGAGGUGUUGAAAUAUGUAUCGCUACACCAGGCAGGCUUAUCGAUUUCUUAGAAAGAGGGACUACGAACUUGCGAAGAUGCACUUAUUUGGUGCUGGACGAAGCUGACAGAAUGCUAGACAUGGGUUUUGAGCCUCAAAUAAGAAAAAUAAUUGAACAAAUCCGGCCUGAUAGACAGGUUCUAAUGUGGUCAGCCACGUGGCCUAAAGAAGUUCGUGCUUUAGCCGAAGACUUUUUAUCCGACUAUAUGCACCUUAAUAUCGGGUCGUUAACUUUAUCAGCUAAUCAUAAUAUCAUUCAAAUUGUGGAUGUCUGUCAAGAAUUUGAAAAAGAUGUGAAGCUGCGUAGACUGCUCCAAGAGAUUGGGAACGAGAAGGAGAACAAAACGAUUAUAUUCGUUGAAACUAAACGAAAGGUAGACGAUAUCACAAGGAAUAUUAGACGAGACGGAUGGCAAGCGUUGAGUAUUCAUGGCGAUAAAAAUCAACAAGAGAGAGACCAUGUGUUGCAAGAAUUUAAAAGUGGGAGAGCUCCUAUCUUAGUCGCGACCGAUGUAGCUGCCAGAGGCUUAGAUGUGGACGAUGUUAAAUACGUGAUCAACUUUGAUUAUCCAUCAUCGUCAGAAGAUUACAUACACAGAAUCGGUCGUACUGGAAGAAGAAGACAAACCGGUACUGCUUAUGCAUUCUUUACAAGCCACAAUAUGAAGCAUGCAGGGGAUUUGAUAGAAGUGUUGAGAGAAGCUGGACAAAAUAUAAAUCCUCGGCUUACCGAAAUGGCAGAAUUAGCCAAGUCAGGAAGCUACGGAAGCCGAACUGGCAAACGAUUCAUGGGUAAUGAUAGAAAUAAUGGGAGAAGAAGCACUAUUGACUCCAGAGGAAGAGGCGGUCCUACGAGAGGAAGAGGAGGUGGUGCGGGAGGUCGUGGUGGUGGGAGUUCCUAUCAGUCGACUUCAAAUAGUUACUCAGGUUCAGAUUACGGUAGCUAUAACAAUAUGAAACAGGUCAAUUCAAUUAACCAGAAUACAGGAUAUGGAUACACGCAAAGAAGUUAUGGGCAAAAUAAUUUAGCACAAAGUUAUGGAGGAGGGGACAGUUAUGGAAGUACUUAUCAAUAUAGGGGUACAACGUACUAAGACUGCAUUACUCUUCUUAAAAAAAAAUACGAUCUUACUAUUAAAACAGUGUUGAUAGAGAUUAUACAGUUAAACAUUUGUGUUAUUAAAAUAGUAAGAACGGAAACCACAGCGAAACCAAAGAAAGGUGUUAAAUAUGUAUGUAUUAUUGAAAAGUUACGGGCUUACACUUCAUUCAACAAGAAAUACUUAAGAUUAAUCAACACAUUUCGUUAUCUAAUUCAUGUCUACUUUAAAUGUUACGUUGAAUCAAAAAAUUUAUAAAGUUGCUUAUUAGUUUAGGUGAUUAGUCAUUUUUCAAGUGAGAAUAAAACAUAUUUAUUAUGUUAUACAUAUCAUACAGACAAUGUUUUAAACAAAAAUGCUUUCAUUUUAAUUGAAACGAUUCACUUCCUCGUGAAACAAGUAAUAAAUAAUUAGACAAAGAAUAACAGAUGUUCUUGAAUAUAGCUAACUGCGCAUAUGUAGUAAUAAAAAUACAGCGGUCGUCCGCGUCGAUCCUUUCAUGGUCAGCAUUAGGAGGACGAGCUCCGCCAGCAGUUCUGAAGAUUGGUGUGCACCUAUGCUGUGUUUCUAUUAUUGCGUAUACAUGUACCAAAUUGAUUUGUAUAAUAUACAUAUACAUAUAUAACACGUGUGUUAGUCUCACUAACACAUAUAAUUAGUAGACUUAAGUUAGUUCCUUUAAAAUGUUAGAAUAUAAGUGCUUCGAGUCGGUCUCUGUUUCACGUCGUUAAUGUUUAAUUAAUAUUAAUUGUUUUCUAACAUGCACAAAAGAGCAACAGGCAGAAUCGAAGGGCCUGAAUUUAUUAUUUGUUAUAAUUAUAAUAAAAUUUGAAGUAAACCUGA